AUGGCUCAAAGCGCCGCUCCACCAAUCGAUCUCAUGUACGAACCGCCAGCGAUUGACAACUUUGGCACCAGGCCUCAUCCUGAGUGGGAGCAAUAUUGGACCGCUGAACAGCCCAGCUUCCCAGGCCCGUCUGAAACCGCUGGCGGCAACUCCCAGCAUGAACACGAAAUCGAGGAUUUCGUUUUCAACUACGCAUAUACUCCUGCCUCAACCAAUUUAACCGGCUCUAUCUUCUCCCAGGAGUAUCCCAUACCACCACGAACUUCCGAGUUAACGAGCCCUGAAAAAUCCCCUAGCAAUUCGGACGAUCGAGGACGCUCUUCAACGCUGUCGGGCAUGCAGAAACGAAAACCCGACCACACCGAGUGCGCCCCGGCAAAGUCAUCGAGGCGCGGUUCCUCCAAGCACGCAACAGCAAAAGCAGCAGCAGAAGUUCACGGGGAUACGAAAAAGCGUGGCAGUAUCGACGAGGCUGCAGCGGUGAACCUUUCGUCUCCGUCUUUUAAUAAUAACAUAUAUACCAGAAAAGUUCAGGAGAGGAAUCGAACCGCGUCAAAUAAGCUUCGCGCCAGGAAGAAAGAAGAUGAGAGGAAACUCAAGUCUACCGAGAAGGACAUGGAGCAGAUUAAUCGCGACUUGUCAACCUGCGUGACAAACCUGACUCUUCAGGUUUAUAACCUUAAGAUGAAGCUCCUUCAACACGCCGACUGCGACUGCACUCUUAUCCAGGAGUACAUCACUAACGAAGCCCAUCGUUAUACCCAAGGCCUGGGAGACAAAAGGCAAUGCCAGCAACCUCAACCACACGAUCACUGUUCCAAUUAG